AUCUGAUUUGUUUAUUUUUUUUCCUGCAUGCUUUAGCUCCAUGUCGUGCUUUAUUCAUAUGUUCCGAAUUUCGAAAGUAAUAAGAUAGUUUUCUGCAUAUAAGAGUGAGUUUGUUUUAAAAGCUUUCAGAACGGUGAUCAAGACAUUCUAAAGACUAAGAAGAUGACUGGGACUCAAAACGAUCGACCAACACAGGAAAUUAUCCAGUUCAUCCAUGAUGUUCGAUUGAAAAAAAUCAUUGGCUCGCACAAUCUUACGUGUAAAACAUUAACCCUGUUAAAGAAUUAUACUUCCAAAUCGGAGUGGAGUAAUGCAGAGCAACUUAUGUCGCAGAUCCGGGGCCAGGGACGAUUCAUGGUGGCUGCCCUACCGCAGGACAUAGUGAUUGCUAACACCGUGCGACGGAUACUGAAAAUAGUACGGGAAGAGUAUGAUUCCGCGCAAUUGCGGGUUCAUUAUGACGAUGCUCAAACUUCGCUUUCGCUGCACAAGCUGGUGACUCAAACCAGUGAGCAAAAACGUUGGGAUUACUCCCAACCACAGGAAGGACUGAGAGAUGCAGUGCUGGAACAUUUAAGUGAAAUAGAAUCAGAGCUAGAAACAUGCUCUGAUAACCUUUCGUCACAAGCAACGGAACACAUACACUCAGCGGAGCUAAUUAUGACCAUCGGUCAUUCGCGAACGGUGGAAAAGUUUCUUAGAAAGGCAGCCGAGAAACGGAACAUAGAGGUCAUUGUUGCAGAAUGCGCUCCCGCUUGCAAAGGACAUCAGUUAGCGGUAAAUUUGGGAAAAGCUAAAAUUCAGACGACGGUAAUUUCGGAUUCAGCUAUAUUUGCAAUGAUGUCUCGCGUCAACAAGGUGAUUAUUGGAACCCACAGUGUCCUUGCCAACGGGGGAUUGCGAGCUAUUUGUGGAGCCUAUUCGUUGGCCCUAGCGGCGAAGCACUACUCGGUACCGGUGAUAGUACUCGCACCCACAUACAAACUGACACCGGUACACUUGUCCAACUACGAUCAGGAUGAUUUCAACGUACUGGGGAAUACGGAAGCCGUCAUUCCGUACAGUUCACCAGCGGCGCGUUUUGCCAAGGCAUACAACCCUGUAUUCGAUUAUGUGCCACCGGAAUUGGUGACACUAUUUAUUACCAACACCGGUGGAAAUGCUCCGUCCUAUGUGUAUCGUUUGCUAAGCGAACUCUAUCAUCCAGACGAUAACGAGAUGUAAAUUGAAUUCAUCGAUCAGCCGAUUUAUCGGCAAAGUAAAAUGGGAAGUUUAUUAAUAAAUUAUGUUUUUGUCUAAUCAUGUUAUUAACACGAA